AUGGCCAAGAAGAGAAGAGCCCAGCGACCUGCAGCCCCUCGGGGAUUGCCCGAACCUCCCAACGGAGCUACUGCAGACCCAGUCUUCCAUGAAGGCACCAGGGUUUGGUUUUAUGAUGUUGACUCUGGCCAAUGGCUAAGUGGCACUGUUAUCUCGCCCCCCGACGGGUCAAGCGGCAGCACAAUGAUGCCAUGGAUUGAGGUCGAUGGAACAUGGGAACAAAUAACGAAGAGAAUCGAGUAUGUGUAUGGCAUGUCAUGAAUCCAUGCUUCCAAUUUGUACAGUGCUACGAGCCACUGAGCCCUCUCCAUUGGCCACCAUAUCCGCAUGAUGCUUUACAAUGGACGGCUUGUGUGUGCUGCC